ACCGCUUUACAGAAGAGGAAGAAGAAGAGCGAGAAGAAGGAGAAGAGCCGAGUUUUGAAGAAAAGAUGGAAUCGACAGUUUCCAAAUUGACCUCACUGGGAAGGUCUCUAUCCUCCAUCGAAAUUGCACCUCUUUGGGCCGAAAUGGUCGGCGUGAUUUGGCCCCGAGAUCCUCUACAGCGAGUGGAAGUCGAAGAUGGAUUAAGAUUCAAAUUGGAGUGGAAAAUGAUCUGGAGCGAUGACAAUCAAUUUACCAAAGUGAAUUGCGUGGCCUGCAAUCCACAGGAUCGGAUGCUGUUCGCCGUAGCGUAUCAGAACCUGAACACCCACAAAGGCUUUAUCACCUGUUGGAACGUGCAGAACGUCACUUAUCCGGAGCUCGUCAUUUCGACCAGCACCAACCCGACCACCGUGAAAUUCUCGAUCGACAAUCCACGUCUCAUAGCAGUCGGUGACGAAAGCGGCAUGGUUCGCUUCAUUAGCAUCUCGGCCUCGUCAGGACACAUUGCUGAGAAUCGAGUUCAAAACAGCGGCCAUAAAGGAAGCGUGCUUGACUUGUGCUGGGUUGGCUGCAAAGUGCUGAGCAGCGGAAGUGACGGGCGAGUUCUCAUGUGGACGACUGUGACGGCGGAACUCGCACUCGAAUCUCAAGUUAUUGCAGAAUUGGAGCCGUCUUAUUACCAUCUGGAAUUGCCGAGAUUGAUCGAACUCACUCUACUCUCGCAGCCGGACUGCUUGCCCACUCCGGCCGCGCGAUGUUGCGUGGCUCCGCUCAAAAGCGACCCGGAUCGAUUCAUCAUCGGCUCGGAAGAUGGUUCUCUCCAUACCUUUUCUUUCCUACAAAAUUAUGUCCCACUAAUGACGACUCAAAGACACGUCGGAGCGUUAGUCCAUAUGGAAAGAAUCGACUACGAAGACAAGGAGUACAUCAUUACUCUCGGCAACGACAAUAUGAUUUAUGUGGAAAUGUUGCUGCCAGGACAGAAAAGCCAAGUUACACCACUUUUCCCAGAGCCAUUGGCGAGUUUUUCAUAAAAUCUUGUAGCGCAAAUUCAAUAACAUUUAAUAUUAUCGAGCAGGGAUCCAUCAUCAAUUUCACGUGUAAUCCCGACUGUCCCGAGCUGAUGGCCAUCUUAAAACCCGAUUCGAUCGAGCUGUGGAAAAUAUUCCCGGCAGCCAUGUUUUUAAUAAGCGCUCGCCGAAUGCCGGACCCAGCUUGCAAAACUUCACGACUCACGACUGUGUGUUUCGUCGCUCAUUCCAAGGCACUUCUCGUUGGAGACGACAUUGGUAAAAUCCAUGUUUAUUCUCACAACUACAAUCCG